AUGCUUAGAGUUAUUCNCCCUGAAGCUUGUCCUGAAUGCGGAAGUAAAGUGCAACGGCUAGAAGGAGAAGUUGUAACACGAUGUUCUGGAGAGUUUACAUGUAAAGCUCAAAUCAUAGGAAAGCUGAAACAUUUUGUAUCAAAAGAUGCAUUUGAUAUUGAUGGCUUUGGAGAAAAGCAAAUAGAGUUUUUCUAUGAAUGCGGUCUCAUAGAACAAAUUUCCGAUAUUUUUACUCUAGAAGAAAAACUGAACAAGCUUGACAUGAAAGAAGAAAAAGGCUGGGGUGAGAAGUCAAUAGUUAAUUUGUUGAUUUCUAUACGAAAUAGAAGAGUAAUAACCUUAGAUAGAUUUAUAUUUUCUUUAGGCAUUAGGUCUAUUGGCCAAGUUAUAGCAGAAUUGCUUGCACAUUACUAUAUCUCGUAUGAAAAUUGGUACUUAUCUAUGAUGAAAUUGUCCUCAGAUGAAGAAGCUUUUUCUGAACUACUAGACAUAGAUAGCAUAGGAAAAGGAGUGGCAAAAUGCUUAGAGUUAUUCUUUUCUGAAAAACGCAAUAUUGCAGUAUUAAAUAAUCUUACUUCCCAUCUAACAAUUCUUUCUGUUGAUGUAAAUAAUAGUAACUCCAUCUUUAGCAACAAAGUUAUAGUGUUCACUGGCACACUGACUAUGAGUAGAAAUGAAGCUAAAGCUAGAGCUAAAACCCUAGGAGCAAUAGUAAGCUCCAGCCUUUCCACUAAAACUGACUACCUGGUUGCAGGGGAAAAUUCAGGAUCGAAAUACCAAAAAGCGCAGGAGUUGGGUAUAGAAAUUUUAAACGCGGAACAAUGGUAUAAUAUGACACGUGUUUAAGUUGCUUUUUGAUAAAUUAAGUGGUAUAAUUUUAUGUAAGUAGUAAAGGAGGAAUUAUGGGAGAAUAUUCUAAAGCUGAUUUAAUUGAAAAACUGCAAGAAAAGUCAGACUAUGAAAGUAUCAUAGGAUUAUUGCAGAGCAAUACAGACUCAGUGAAGUUAAAAAGUAUUAGAUAUGAUGAUGGUGACACUCCGUUGUGCAUCGUAAUUAAGAAUACAGCUUUGUGGAAGCAGUUGUCACUAGAAGAUAAGAAUUUACUCAUUGAAAAAUCAGAUGUUGACUAUAUUUACAAUGGUCCGUUUGAUAAAACAAAGCAAAAGGUAAUAGGAGAUAGCUAUUUGCAUACGGCUGCUAGAGCACGAAAUACAGAUGCUUUCGUGUUCAUUUGUAAGAAAAAUAUUGCUCUUGUAACACAACAAAAUGACAAUGGAAAUAACCCGUUUCACGAAGCAGCAAGAUGUAGAAUUUUGCUUCCUGUUGUGGAGAAAAUUCUUGAUGAUAUAAGGUCAGAAGCUAGUAAAGCAAUUACCAAAGCGAAAAAUGCCAAAGAGUGGGAAGAAUUAAAGAGAUUAGAGAUAGAGUUAAAUCAUAAAGAAGAAUAUAUUAAAGAUGCAUUACGAAGUAAAAAUUGUACUUCAAGGAAGGAUAGCAAAACUCCUCUUGCUUGUUUAUACGUUAGAGACCAAGAAAAACUUAAGCAAAUUGCAGACAUAAAAGACAGUCUUAUAUCUAAUAAGAAACUACAUGCGAGUUUAUAUGUAGUAGGUGCCAUAAUCUGCGUUACCGCGUUAUGUUUAUCUUUAUACUGUCUAUUUCUAGCUAAUUCAACUUUUGCAUUGAGUUCAAUUGUUUCAAUGGCUGUUGGUGGAACUGCAUUUUUAUCACUCAAAGCAUGCAAUGAAGUGUUUAAAUUGUCUGAAGAAGGUACAGUGGAUAAUAUUGUUACUAUCCCUGCAUCAUCAGAAUUAACAGUUUGAUAAAAUGACUGUAGGCUGUAAUGCAUGAAUGAACUUUUUAAAGGCCAUUGUUACCUGAAUGUUA